GAACCAAUGUCCGGUAUAUCCAACUGAAGUGGUGUUUGCCAUUGAUAUGUCUCAAAAUGUUACCCAAGGAUCCUUUCAAAGGAUGAAAGACAUUGUGAGGUCUUUGCUGGCAAGUAUGACCAUUAGCAGAAGCAAUUGCCCAACUGGAGCUCGUGUGUCAGUCUUGUCAUUCAACACUCAUACAAAGCACCUCAUCCGGUUCUCUGAAUACCAGCGGGAUGACCGUCUAAUGGAGGCUGUUGCAAGAAUACCACUGGAGAGGUCCUCAGGCAGAAGGAACAUUGGGGAGGCCAUGAAAUUCGUUGCCAGGAAUAUUUUUAAGCGACAUCGUCGUGGUGUCCUCAUGAGAAAAGUUGCAGUAUUUCUCACUGCUGGUCCAUCACAGGAUGCCACCUCAAUCAAUACAGCCACGUUGGAAUUCAGUGCACUAGAUAUCACACCUGUGGUCAUUGCCCUCAGUGAAGUACCUAAUGUCAGACAGGCGUUUUCGGUAGAUGACACUGGUCGAUUCCAGUUACUCAUUUUGGAUUCUGAGGAGGAUGUGAAUUUGGGGAGCAUCUCAAAUUGUGCACUCUGCUUUGAUAAAUGUAAACCAGACCCAGAAUGUGAGGUGGCUGCUCCCCUUCCCAUUAUAAUAGAUAUGGACAUAACUUACAUCAUAGAUGGCUCUCGUAAUGUCGGAAGUGAGGAGUUUGAGGUAAUGAAGGAAUUUGUGAGCAACAUGGUGGAUUACAUUGCUAUUUCCCCCCAACCAAUACUCCUGGAUGGAGGUGCAAGGGUGGCUUUGGUACAACAGGCUCCACGGAACUUCACAGUCAAUGCAAGGAUGAGCCCAGUGUAUGAAGAGUUUGAUUUGGUCCAAUACAGCACUAAUGACUUGAUGAAAAGGCAUGUUCUGGAAUCUGUUCGCCAACUAGAAGGCCCAUCAGCUAUUGGUCAUGCUGUAGAGUGGACAAUUAAUAAUGUGUUUUUGGAAGCCCCGAGUCCAAGAAAACACAGGGUCAUAUUUACAUUGGUUGGGAGCAAGACGAGUUCCUGGGACAGAGAAAAACUUGGGAAAAUGGCACUGGAAGCCAAAUGCCAAGGGUUCACAAUGUUCACAUUAGCACUUGGAAGUGGAGUUGACGAUACAGAGAUAAUGGAACUCUCCAGUGACCCAGUAGAGCAACAUCUCUUGCAGUUGGGCAGGGUUGGUCAACUUGAACUGCCGUAUGCUCUACAAUUUAGCCGAACCUUCUUAAAUCUUUUAAAACGACAAAUGAAUCCUUAUCCUCCUCCAGACCUCCAGGAAGAAUGUGAAAGCCUGGAUCGAGGCGAUACUCAGCAGCUAAUAGCUAGGACAGACAGAAUUCACUUCCCUGAAUUGGAUUACAGUGACAUUUUGGAAAUAACAGACACACCCAGUCAUAAUAUGCAACAAAACAUUAUGGGAACCACCAAAGAACCUAUCGAGUACACAGAAGAGGCUGAGUAUGAUUAUGGGCAUAAUGAAUAUGUAACAGAGCACAAUGUUCACACCAGCAAGGGAACUUGGAAUGAGGAACGUACUGAGCAAGAUGCUUGCUUGGUGAAUAUGGACAUGGGUGAAUGUGAAGAUUACAGUCUGAAGUGGUCAUAUCACCAAGAACGAGACAUGUGCUUCCAGUUCUGGUAUGGCGGCUGUGGAGGAAAUAAAAACAGAUUUGAAACUCAGGAAGAAUGUGAAAUUUUAUGCCGGAAGUCAGGCUAGUGUGAAGUGUGUUAGUCAUUAAUAACAGUCAAUUGUGGACUCUCAAGUGGGGAAAAAAUAAAGCAAGCCAAAAUACCGCUUUCCAAAUUGAAGUAAAGCAGAUUUGCAUGUUUGUGAAACUUUAGGGAAAUUUAGAUUUGUAUCAG